AUGAUGAAUUUUUUUAAUGUUUCCGCCUACGUCGGCGCUUUUUUCGUCGCUUGGUUCAUUUUAGAUUUAUUAAUUAAAAUAAUUCAAGGGAUCAGAGCACAUUUCAUGUCGGAAAUGAUACCACUUUCCGUUAAAUUCGGUACCUGGGCAGUAGUCACAGGUUCGACGGAUGGCAUAGGUAAAGCAUAUGCAUUGGGUUUGGCGAAAAGAGGUAUAAACAUUGUACUAAUAAGCAGAAAUGAAAAAAAAUUAACGGAUUUGUCUCAAGAAAUAAUGCACAGGCAUUUGGUAACGGUUAAAACAAUAACGGCGGAUUUUAGCAAAGGUGAAAUUAUAUUCGAUAAAAUUAAAAAAGAACUCGAAGACAUACCCGUGGGUAUGCUCAUAAAUAACGUUGGUAAACAAUACACGAGGCCGAUGUACGUUGGAGACGUAAACGAUCGAGAAUUAUGGGAUAUAAUAAACAUAAACAUUGCGACGACAGUAAUGAUGACGAAAAUGAUCCUUCCAAAAAUGGUGGAAAGGAAAAAGGGUGGAAUCGUUAACAUAUCAUCAGGUUCCGAACAUCAACCCUUACCAUUCAUGACAGUAUACGCAGCAUCGAAAGCAUUUAUAAAAAGUUUUUCCGACGCAUUGAGAUUCGAAUAUAGAAAAUAUGGUAUAACCGUACAACAUUUGUCACCCAUGUUUGUAAAUACAAAAAUGAACGAUUUCAGUCAUCGUUUACGACAAACGGGGAUCUUCAUACCGGAUGCGGAAACUUAUGCGAACAACGCGAUCAAUUUAUUGGGGAUCCUAAAUAAUUCAUCCGGAUAUUGGGCUCACGGUUUACAAAGUUACCUUACUAAAAUUCCACCGAUUUGGAUUAGAACCUAUAUCGGAGCCAUUAUGAAUCAAGUUUUCAUGAAUGAUUAUUAUAAUAAUAAUAAUAGUAAUAAUAAUACUAAUGGUAAUAAUAAAAUAACGAGCGAUUCGAUGGAUAGAGUGAAAGAAAUUAAAAAAAAUUAG